CUGAUAUAAAAACUUAAGCACCAUGCUGUCAGUGCGAUCAGACUUGACAUGUUGCUGUCAGCAGAAGAAGAGAAGCUCCAUCAGAUCAGCUUCAGUACCAACAUGUUCUCUGUAGCUCUGCUGCUGCUGCUGGCUGCUGGAUCCUGUGUGAAAUGUGAACAGUUGACUCAGUCACAAUCUGUGAGUGUGCAGCCAGGUCAACGUCUCUCCAUCACCUGUCAGGUCUCUUAUUCUGUGAGCAGCUACUGGACACACUGGAUCAGACAACCUGAAGGAAAAGGACUGGAGUGGAUCGGUGGUGCACGUGUUGGAUACAGCUCAUACUAUAAAGAUUCACUAAAGAAUAAAUUCAGUUUCAGUUUAGACUCUUCCAGCAACAGAGUGACUCUGAAUGGACAGAAUAUGCAGCCUGAAGACUCUGCUGUGUAUUACUGUGUUGAUGGUCAGACUCUGACUGAAUCUGGAUCAACAGUUAAAACACCUGGAGAAUCCCACAGACUGACCUGUUAUGCUUAUGGAAUGAACUUUGGUGCCUCCUGGAUGGCCUGGAUCAGAAAGGCUCCUGGUAAAGGACUGGAAUGGGUUGCUACUAUUAGCAACGAUGGCAGCAAAUAUCACUCUCAGUCAGUUCAAGGCCGGUUUACCAUCUCCAGAGACAACAACGUACAGCAGCUGUAUCUGCAGAUGAACACUCUGAAAAUAGAACAUUCUGCUGUUUAUUAUUGUGCACGUGUGACACAGUGA